GAGGACCUCCUCGCGCGCCGCCGCGAACGCGCGCGCGGACCCAAAGUCGGAGCAGCAAGCGCGCGUGGACGCCCGCCGUUCGACGCAGCGGCCCACGCGACGCGAGCGCACAACAAAAUGGAUGUGUCGAACUUGAUCCAGAUGACGCCCUGGGACCGCUACGCGGGCGUCUGCGGGGCGCUGACGACGAUCGUCUGCCUGCUCAUCGGCUUCGUCGCGCUCUUCGUCAACGACGGCGCCUGGCACGUCUUCGCCGCUCUGUACACCGUCGGCGUCGGCUUCCUCGUCGCGGUCAUCGAGCUGCCCGCGCUCUACUGCCACAGCUACGCGUGCAUCAAGCUCAAGGACCGCCUCAUCGAGGACACGUCCUUCCACCACGGCUGGAUCCGCGCCUCCUUGUACGUCGCGUGCACGCCGGCGAUGCUCGGCUUCAAGUCGAUCCUCAUCUGGCCCGGCGUCCAGCUCCUCGUCUGCGCGGCGCUCUACAUUUUGGUGUCCAUCAAGUACCGCAUCUCCUCGGGACCGAGCACGACGGGCUACAGCAACUUCGACCAGGGCUACUCCAAGGUCGCGACGGCCGACGCCGGCGCCGAGGAGGAGGGGCCCUCCUUCGGCACGUUCACGCUCUAGGGAAGUGCCGUAAGGUUCGCCCGU